GCGCGUGCAGAUCACUGCCACACCGCCUUGCUCCCCCGCCAGACACAAGGGCAACGACAGCGCCUCAAGCGAAGAAUGUCACUGAGUAUCGACUCUACCGUGACUCUGAACGAUGGGAUCAUUAUGCCACGACUUGGCCUUGGCACGUGGAGGAGCGCGGCGGGAGAAGUAGAAACUGCUGUGAAGUGCGCUCUCAAGGCAGGGUAUCUACACAUCGAUUGCGCUUGGUGCUACGGAAAUCAAGUCGAGGUUGGCAAAGCGCUUGCAGACGCAUUCAAAGAGGACAACAUCAUCAGGGAAAAUGUUUUCAUCACGACUAAGCUAUGGAACACGUUUCACCGGCCCGAGCUGCUCAAGAAGAACUUGGACACGUGCCUGAAAGAUCUCGGGCUCCCGUACGUCGAUUGUGUGCAGCUACACUAUUCGUUCGCGAUGGUUCCCUGCGCAGAUGAGACGGUUUUGGUGCCUCGGCACGCUAACGGGGAUGCACACCUGGACGACGAAGUUGACCUUAAGCAAACGUGGAAGGCAAUGGAGGGGUUCGUCGAGAGUGGACUUGCGAAGACGCUCGGCGUGAGCAACUUUACGAAGGAGGAGCUCGCCUACGUCAUGGAAGAUGCGAACAUCAUGCCCUCGGUGCUGCAAGUCGAGAUACACCCGUAUCUUCCCAACACGGAGCUUCUCCUUUGGUGCAAAGAGAAAAACAUACAUGUCACAGCGUAUGCGCCCCUGGGAAACGUGAACAAGGAGUUUGCAUCCUGUCUUGAUGACCCCGUCAUCAUCGAGAUCGCGGAGAGAAUGACCAAGAGUCCUGCGCAGGUUAUUAUUCGGUGGCAUCUCCAGCGUGGCGUAACUGUGAUCCCCAAGUCUGUCACACCUGCAAGGAUCUUGGCUAAUAAGGACGUUUAUGACUUCGACCUCUCGAAUGAGGACAUGGCUGCAAUCGACAAGCUUGGCGAGCGCAACUUGCGGAUGUGCAACUGGAAGUACAGGCCCGGUGGAGGACGCCUCUACGAGGGCGAGACCAGCGCCUAUCCUGAGAAAUAGCCGAGCAUGUCGUCAAAUACAAUGGGGUCGACCCACUUCGUUCUUAUGACGGUAGACAUUCGCUUGGGCGUGAAUUGAGAAGCGUUCAGGUUGGACAGCGGGCCUCGUAAUGCUUUUAGUUUCGGCCGGUUGUGUUUCUGUGAGAACAUCUCGUUGACCGAGCCUGGGGUCAUUUAGGGAUUGAAGUUGUCGAAGCAAGACUCGAACAUCAUGGGAAACACUAUCGAAAAGGAUCAGGGGAAUCGCGGAAAAAGCGGGAAAUACGUGCAAUUACUGGUUCACUACAAAAGGCACUUGAGACACUGCGAUUCUCGUUUGAAGUAACAUGAACGCCACUAUCCAAGGGAAGCCUGGUUUGCGUUCCCCAUUGAAAAUUGGGGUUCAGUGUUGGUGUCUGAGAGUGUAGCCCGUGCGACACACCACAGAUUAGUGGUCCGUCAUUUUCCAAACGACCCUUGUAUCAUCGAGAUCGGUGAGCUACACGCUGGAUUGUUGAAGCUGCUGUCUGUGCGGUCCGAUUUUCAAACGCUUCAAGCACCUGUGCUUCUGGCUAGACCUACACAUGUAUGACUGCAGGCAGUCAUAUCGACUGUGGCGACGAGAAAAGAACAUAAGAGGGAAGAGCUGCGCUGAAGUUCGCGGCCCCACAAUCUCACAUAGGCGCUGAUUCGCCGUUGCAAGGGUGCUUGAAGCGUUACAAAUCGGACCGCACAGCAGCUUCAACAAUCCAUCUUGCAGCGCACCGAUCUCGAUGAUAGACGGAUCUCUUGAAAAAUCAUGGACCGCUAAUCUGUGGUGUAUAUCGCAAGGGCUACAAUCACACCGGUCCCCCCGGUGGUCUAGUGAGUGUCCUCGCAGCCUACUAAGGGCCAGGUCAUGGGGCUCGAGUCUCGGCAUGUGAGUUUUUUGCUGCCCUGCUCGCGAUAAAAAUGUCUCAGACAAGCGCUGCAGGAGGAAGGCGGGGGCAAAUAGAAGAUAAAAGAACCCCCCCCCAGCGUUGGUACCCCCUCCUGUGUGACUCCGGACAAUGCGUCUAGCUAGUUGUAGUGUACCAAGUACGCUAAGAAGGGUAAGUGCACAUACGCGGCAAACGUGUGGUGUGCACCGAAGAGGAGUAAGCAGGCGGCGCCAGAGAUGGGGGGGUGUAGUCAUAGUCGUGCAUGCCG